CCCUUCUCUCUGCUUCUGUGCCCGACUCGUUCUUGCCUCGCUGGCCUCCCUGCCGCCGACUGCAUCGCUCCUGCCUGCACUCGAAACCUUACCACUCUGUUACAACAAUUGUUCUUUUUAUUUGUACCACUUCACCUAUUGCAGUUGCUCUUUCUACCACGCAUCGCUUUAUUGCCACCCUUCUUCUCCCAUCCUUUCUACCUUAAUUCUCCUUCUAAUCGCUUUGGGCCAUUUCGACCUCCUCGUUAUCGCCACUUCGGCCUCUGACAAACCCCGGAGUCCACCCAUCCAUCACUCCCGUCAUUCCUUCCAAAGCAAUCUCUCCUUGCAACGGCUCGACGACGACCUCGAUUCUGUUUCCAAAUCUUCUCAGUCUAUCCCUCUGAAGCGCUGCGCGCAUUUUUAUCUAUCCACCUAUUCCCUUGUAAUCCACGUCUUCUCCAUCGGUUAGAUACGUCUCCAUUCGCUUCUAACAGCGAAUCAACUUGAACUGCAACACUACUAUCCACCUCAACAUCACCUCGCCCAAUCUUUACUUGUGUCUUGCGUGGACUGCGUCGCGCACGGGUUGGUCUUCAAAUAUCACUGUGAGCGCGUGAAGAAUCUCCGGCGUCAUCGCUGUGGAGAUUUGAGACAUAUGGCUGUGAGAGACUCUACUUUCAACCGGUGAAUCAGACUCGUUCUUGUCCGCACAUGGUAGGGCAACCUAUCGCGGCAAGAGCUGACCAGCAACAACAAACAAUGUUGCGCCUUUUGGCUUGGACAGGCUGUGAUAAGAUUAACUCUCCAGAAAUGAGGAUGUUUGUCCCACACAAAGAUUCACCCGGUGUACCAGAGUUUGAUCAUAGUCUUGCCCCGUCUUCACUCAAACGCAAGCAAUCACUCGAUCACCGGUCACAGCCAGACAGGAAAAGAACUAAACUACCAGAGAAUGGUGUUCGUUCUCCCUCCAAACAACUUUCUGCCGUUCCCAACAAUCCUGCCUCAUCUACGCCAUCCCCGGCGCCCUCGAUGUCCAUUGAAGGCACUACAUCAUUGCCGACGCCGCCUGAAGUGAAAUCAGAGGAGUUAGAAAUGGCCCGAGAAUCGCAAAGGGUUGCUUCCGCUCCUAGUCGAGACUCAGUUCGAGACAUCAUUCAAACCCAGAUGAGUCUUGAGAUCUUGCUUAAACACAAUGAGCUUCGUCUCAUCGAUCAAGAGAUCGCCAAGGCCCAAGUUGCUCUUGAACAACUCCGCCGCUGUACAGAGAUUCCUUAUCCUGCCACACAGCAACCAUCACUUGGGGUAAGCAAUGGUACCGGUCCAUCUCGUCGUAGCACCUACAAAUCAACCCUACCUCAAUCUCCUGCUCCUUGGGGUGUCACUGAUGGUCCAUAUGCGCGUCAUUACGCCCAAUGGCUACUUCCUUCUCCCCGGUUUGACGGUGGGGAACCCGAGUCUUUCAUACAAAGCACUGCAGGCAAAUAUCCCAUGAAAAGCCGUUCCAUGAGAGGUAGUUUUACAGACUCGCCCCUUCAUGCUACAAAUUCGGCGCGAAGCCAGAGGAGCGGUAAACUCACUGCAUUGCCGGCAGGCUAUGGCCAGCCAAAGGAGAAAGCGACAGGUCCGAUGAUCCUCAAGAGGAAGUCUGACGGCGUCCAAGUGAAGCUUGUCUGUCCUGAUUGUGGUCGCCAUGAUUUCGGCAGUGCACAAGGUUUCAUCAACCAUUGUCGUAUCGGACAUGGGCGAAGUUUUGCAAGCCAUGACGCAGCUGCAGAAGCCUGUGGUGAACCUGUCGAAUAUGACGAAUCGGGUGCAAUGGUUGGCGUAGAACCAGUCGUCACUCCUGUGACUGGAAACGUCCAUCCAUUAAUUCGCUCCGCUAAAUUGAUGCAACCAGCAUCGGCCCCUGUUGUUACCGCCCAAAAGACGGGUACCUCUCGUCAGAAGGCCAAAAAUAUCUCUCCUGAUUUCAAAGCCUCGACUCUCACACCACACCUGUCCGACUUGGUUAAGAACAGUGGUUUAGGUAUCGAUCUUCAGGAAAUGGUCAGUACUGCCAAAGAAAAGGUCGAAAUCCCCGAACCAGAGAGCGAGGAUGAUGAAUCAGAGGAGGAAAUAAUGGUCCAAGAAACCGCGCCAGGCCGACAUCCCCAAGUUGCGGGUUCGAAGCAGCUUCACAAACCUGCCAAAUCACCCAUGUCUUCUCCAGCCCUGAGCCAUAGUAUCAUGAGAUCGACACCGACGCUUCGGGGAGGUGGAAUACACCCAGGAGAGGUUACUCAACAUUCGCCACCUCAGCAACGACUGAGCAAUAUUCCCAUUCCGACACCGGAAAGUCUUCCCAUCGAGUCACCGGCAGAUCCGUCACCCAUCAGCGAAUCAAACCAGGCGCCUAGUCUAGUGGAUGACGAUGAGGAGUAUGAGCCUCAUUCACCCGAUAGCAGCUCUGUUUGCGACGAGCAUGAUGUUGAAGAGGUCGAGUUCGAGGUACAAGACGAUGAGGAUGAUGAAGAUACUCGCAGCGUUCGCCCACCACCAGAAUUUCAGACGAGCUGUGCUACAGCACGACCUCAUUCGCACACAAGAAGACCGUCGGCCAUUCGACGACAAGGCGAGGACAGAGAGGAAAAGCACGUGAGCUUUGUCAGCCCAAGUCCAGCUCGAGAAUUGGCCAUUCCUCGGCAAGGAGGUGAUCGGAAGAGAAGAAGAGUUUGAAAGUGGGAGGCGAAGCAGGUAUGCCUACUUUUGACGGCGAAACGUCGAAAGCAAGACAGACCUUGCGACCCAACCUUAGCCAAUUUGCAACACGGCUUCAACCAAUGAGGGCGGCUUCUCGUCUUUGUGAUUGAGGGAAGACCGGAAUCAGAAGUAGGAAUAGCAGAGGGUUCGGGUUUAGAAUGAAGAUGGGGGUUGUGACAACAUUACUGUACUGUACAUAAUUGCCUGUUUGCUGGAUAUCAGGCUGUGGGAGCGAAGGCUUUUAUGCUUUGCAAUAGAUCUCAUUAAGACUCAACUCAAUACAUGGAGUUUGUAUCGACAUGGGCCGUGUUGACUGAGCUGCAAGCCAUAAAAGAAAUUCUAUAAACACAUGCGAUUGUGCAUGUCGAACCAAUCAGAUUAAUUAGAUCAAGACAGUACAGAAAGAAUGGUGUAUAUUAGCA